AUGGCUCCUAAAAAAAAAUCCACAACUUCGUCUUCGAAAAAGCAGAAAUUAGCAGAUAACGGAGGAGAUCAAAGAAUUGAGCAACAAAUUGAGGAAAUUAUUAGCGAUGAAGAGGAUAAUUUAGAGGAUGAUUUUAGUCAUAAAAUAACUUCAGGUAUGCAUUAUGUGAGUGAUUUAAAAUAUAAUCUAUCUAAUGGUUUAUAUUUAAAUUUAGAUGGUUUAAAUUAUUCUGUCGAUGUUCAUGAUUCUGAUGACCUUAAUGAGUCAACAACCCAGAAGACUUCACAUACUGCAAUGCCUUCAACAUCUACAGGCAAGGAUAAUACGACAUCAACAACCAAGAAGACUUCACGUACUGCAACGUCUUCAACAUCUACAGGUGAGGUUCAUUAUUCUGAUUAUGGCAAUGAGUCAGCCAAGAAGACUUCACAUAUUGCAACAUCUUCGACAUCUAGAGGCCAGGGUACUGCAACAGUGCUAGCUUCACUUUCAAACUCUACGAACGAGAAUCCAACAAGAAACAUAUUAUAUACAGCAGCAUCAAGUUCAAGUGCAGAAAUGGUAACUUCGACAGCAACAUCACAUAAGGAUAGUGAAGAUGAUUUCGAAAGAUGUGAUGCAUUUACAGAACUUCAAAAUGCAUCAAAUGAGUUUGAAGUAGCUUUAUGGGUAGCUCAUCAUCCUAAUGUUUUAAGUUUAGCCAAUACUAUAUAUGGUGUGAUGAAAGCUAAGAUAACAGACAAUAAAGUAUCCUCAAAUACUACUAAUUCGUGCAAUACUAUAUUGAACCGUCCAGAAAUUAAUAAGUUCAACAAUUAUCGCAACAAGUUCCAUGUCGCAAUUUCAAGCCUUGCUGACGACUUUUCGGGAACAGAUGAACUGGAAGAAAUACCAUCAAUUGAUGAAUUGUCAGAUUUUGUAACUGAAGAUGUAUGGAGAUUAGUACUUCAACUGCAUUUGAAAGCCACUGAUUUACCAGCACUAAAGAAUGAACCAGAAAUGUAUAACAAGUUCAGCAUUUUUGUAUAUCAAGCAGUUAGAAAUGUUCUUAUUGCGCAAAAAAACAAAAAAGAUACUAAAAAUGCUAUUAGAAAAUGUGAUGAAAUCACUAUAGAUUUAAAAAUUCCAACUAAGGUUGGGAUAGUCAAAACAUUGCCGGUUAGAGAGCUUAUAAAUUUGUGA